GUGUCUUGGUAGAUCACGAAGUGGCAAGUAUAAACGCCUUCGUGGAUAUUUCGAUUGUUCGUGCGGACUAAAGUUAGUGAGUGAAUUAGUCAAUCGCAGUGUGUAUUGAAGAUGGAUAAUGCUGGAGCAAGUGGAUCUACGAGCCCUGUGAAGGAUUUUACCGAUAAAUUUGGAAAAAAUUUUGUUUUUCCGUACUGCGAUGACGCUACAAAAUACCAGACAUUGGCAAAAAUAGGUGAAGGAACAUACGGAGAAGUUUUUCAAGCGCGACAUAAGGAUGAUCCGAAUAAAUUUGUCGCACUGAAGAAAAUUUUCGCGCCUAACGAAAUGGAGGGAUUUCCACUGACAGCACUGAGGGAAAUAAAACUGCUGAAAACUCUGAAGCAUGAAAAUGUCAUCGAUUUAAUUGAAGUUUGCCAAAGCCAAAUUCUCCUGCACAAUCGACGGGGAUUCUCAUUUUAUUUGGUGCUCGAAUUUUGUGAGUAUGAUUUAACUGAUCUGCUGUGUAAUUUGAAAGUACACAUUAGUCUGGCAGAUAUUAAAAGAAUAAUACAGCAAUUGUUAAAUGGGUUGUAUUUUAUCCACAUCAAGAGGGUAGUUCACAGAGAUUUAAAGCCAAAUAACAUCCUUAUUACAAAGGACGGUAUCUUGAAGAUAGCCGAUUUUGGUUUAGCACGAGAAUUUAGUGAUACUGAAUAUGGACAGAAGCAGUGUUAUACAAGUCCAGUUGUGGCAUUGUGGUACCGGCCACCGGAGGUUCUGCUUGGAGCCCGUCACUAUGGGUCAGCUGUUGACAUGUGGGGUGCUGGCUGCCUUAUGGGUCAGAUGUGGCCACGGAGAGCAAUUAUGAGAGGCAACAGUGAGCAGGCACAGCUAAUAAUAAUCUCAAAGUUUUGUGGUUCUAUUAAUCCUGAAGUUUGGCCUGGCGUACAAUCACUUCCAUUAUACAACAAGAUUGAGCUGCCACAGGGACAAAGACGCAAGGUGAAGCCCUGGCUAAGGCAAUAUGUAAAUGAUCCACAUGCAUGGGAUCUCUUGGAUAAACUGCUAGUCCUCGACCCAUCAAAGCGGUACGAUGCCAACUCCGCCCUCGACCACAAUUUCUUCUGGACGGAUCCUAUGCCAAGUGAUCUUACAAGGUUGUUGACCCAACAUAAAGAAAGCAACUUCACGCGUGUAGCAGCAGCACUUCAAUGUAAGGCUCGGGUGAAAGGACAUCUGUGGAUAAUUUUAAGGAUGUGUGUUAGUGCAAUGACUGUAACAAAGUUUUACAGCUCUUCUGCCAAAAUAAGAGCUAUUGAGGAUGGAAAUGUUAGUGAAGACCCAGAUAUGUCAGAUGACAAAAUAUUUUCUGCAAAACAUUAUUUUCAAAAUGAAGAUGUGCUUUGUUCAGAGUCAGAUAGUGAUGAUGAUAUCAGACCUAAGAGCUAUAACAUAACAAAGAAAGAACUGUGA